GGCGGCGGCGCCUGCCAACGACUUGCCCCCGUUUUCCCUUGAGCUACAUGCUGCAGCGGACGCCUCCCAACGGUUGUUGAAUUGUAUCAAAGCCCAUUUGACGGGCUCAUACCGCUCUUUUAGUCUUUCCUUUCCAAGAAUUUCUCGUUUCCGAUACACAUACAUCUCAUCAUGGUUCACAUUCCUCAACACCAUAGACGUCAGGUAGACACCUCACAGCCCACGGGUGUUGGACUUACGGGGGCCAAGACGGUCGACACUUCUGUGGGGACGGGCUCAACACUUGCUCUCGAUUCCUCCGCCCCCACUGAGGCUGCUGGGGAAAAGGGUCCUCCAACUUGGGUGAUUGCGACCUCAACUGCGGCAUUUACACCCCCUCCCACAUCCACUGCAGACCCUGUGUCCUCCUCUACGGCCCCUUCGUCUGCCACGUCUUCCAGUCAGAUACCUAUUGGCACAGUGAUUGGGGCUUGCGUAGGCGCUUUAAUUGGUGCCAUAGUCAUUAUUUGUUGUGGGGUGUGGCUCUACAAAAAGGCUGAUCCCAAGAAGCAACGGCGUGGACCCCAGAGGGAUGCUCAAGGACGGCCAUGGAACAAGCUGGAUGAGACUCCCGAUACGUGGGAAGGGAAGAGCAGGGGAAUGGAGAUGUCGCAGCAGGCGCCCCGUCCACUUGAUUCAGAGGAUCAUCACAACGAAUCGAUAGAGAAGAUGUUCAAGAAAUCUUCUCCUAGUAUCCGGACGGAGUACACCAUCAAAACUGACUUUGACAACCAUCCACCUUUUAAUCUCAACCUCGACAACCAUCCUUUUGCUACGUAUCAUCCGAAUCUCGCAAGGGAGUUGGCCAAUGCUCCUGUUGUAGAAGAGAGUCCUCGUCCACCUUUUAUGAACCUUGAACGAGCCCAAUCAGGUCAUACCUGGGAUGAUGAUGCUGGUACUGCACAUGACUCCUUCCUAUCGUUGAACUCCGCCAAACGCGUUUCUGGCGCUAUGUCUCCCUCUCUUGACAUGGCAAUACCCACACCUCCUGCGACGAGCUACAAUAUUGGUCAUCACUGGGAAUCUGCCGAAGUUGUAGAUUUCGACGGUCAGGCGGCUGAGAUAGUCCAACCCCCGGCGCCUGCGGUUGUUCCCGAUGACAACUUCUCGCAUAACCCGUUCAUGCGCACGAGGAGAAAGAGCGAGAGCAACCCUUUCUUCAAUGCCCAAUCUUAUGAUGGCUCGCGUACGCCAUCGAUCAAAGGUAAAAAGAGGGAGCUAACACCUCCUACUACUUCCCAGAAUCCGUUUGCGGAUGAAAACAAGAGACACGUGAAAGUGGAUUCUUUGUCCUCGGUCAGCAGCAACGAUAGAGCAAUUCAGUCAUUGUUGGCAGCACUUGACAACACACCUGGUACCAGCUCUGACCCAAGGCAUCCAUCGGUGCAAUCUGCUAUCUCAGCUUACUCCGCAAUCACGGAAGACGAUGUUACUGGAGAGUUCCCUUUACCACCUGGAGUCGCCGCGAAGUAGCAAUGCCGGACGAAUAUUGUCUGAUUAUAUCUAUUCUACUUGGCGACGCCUCCAUCUACACCAACGCUUUCACACCUCGACGAUCGUUCUUUAUCCACUAUUUGCCUUAUAUUUCUUUUUGAACUUUCUGUCUACUUUUCUUAUUCGCCUCCUCCAACCGUACAUUGCUGACUUCUUGUUCAUUGCUCACCACCCAUACCCUAUUCCCCAAUGUACUGGCGACUUGGCUUUCUCUGACUAUUACUCAACUUACAGUUUAUUUAUGACUUAUCCUUCGAUCUUUUCGUACUGUAUGUAUUUCUCAAGUACGCGUUCUGCUACUAGUGAUUAGUGAAACCGGAAACAAACUGCUUUUUACCCGCCCA